AUGUUCGUUCGCUCAACUGGAAAGGAAUCGCGAGUGGUGGCUGAUUUGAUACGGCGACAGGACCAAAAUCCUUUGGCGCCAGUCAAUAAGAAAUCAGAAAACCAAAGAGCUUGGACCUUACUGAUCGAUAGCUACAUAUCCAGAUCGCACAUCCAUGGAUUGUAUUUGCUCUUCUUGCCCUCGAUGCGACGACGUAUGCGAGUUCUGUGGGCACUGGCCCUGAUCUGCGCCUGCACCGUUCUGUUCCACGUGAGCUAUUUGCUGGGUGAGCGGUACCACAACAAGCAGUUUCAGACCAUCGUUGCCCACUCCCAUGCCUCUAUCCACCACAUCGCCUUUCCAGUGGUCAUCAUCUGCAACAAGAAUCGACUGAACUGGUCUCGGCUGCCCGAGAUCAAGUCCCUGUAUAAUAUUACUCCGUCUCAAGAUGAACUCUUUGAUCGCAUCCUCACCGCCUAUGAUGGCUUCAGUUUUCACAACUUCAACGCCUUCGAUUCGCUGCUUGGCGAGUCCUUGGAUGCACUCAAUCACCUGAACUUCACGGAAAUCGUGAUCCAGAUGUCGUGGAGAUGCGACGAAAUCCUGAGCGAUUGUCACUGGCAGACAGCGUCCAGAGACUGCUGUAAACUCUUUCGACCCCGCCGCCUGCCCCUCGGCUAUUGUCUGGCAUUCAACGAGCUGGAAAAGCGACGUGGCACGGAGACGGGAAUCAACACGGGGCUACUACUGAGGCUACUUCUGCGGGAGGCGCAACAUGCUCCAGGGAAUCCAGGGUUGAAGGGCUUCUGGCUAACAGUGGUAGAGUCUUCAGUGUGGUUCGGUUUCCCCAUCGAGGUGAUGCCCCACAGCCGCACCAAUGUGGCCGUUACAGCGGUAUAUCACUACUUCGACGAGAGCACCUUGAGCGUGCCCUCCAGUUGGCGGCACUGCGUCAUGGACCACGAGGAGGAGAGCGAACACUUUCGUACGCUGGAGGGCCAGAAGUAUAUGCUGGAGAACUGCCAGGCGGAGUGCCAGCAGCGGUAUCUGCUGCGGUACUGCAACUGCUCCGUGGACCUGUUCUACCCGCCAUCCGACUACCCAGCCUGUCGACUGAAGGAUCUGCCCUGCCUGGCGGCCCACAACCAUUUGCUGCAAAACUUCGAGCAGCCCGGGGAGCAUCCCUAUGUGCACCGGGAGGAGUCCGGCCUGGUCUGCGAGUGCCUGCACAACUGCAAGUCCCUCACCCUGCUGACCGAUAUUCGGAAGAGUGUCCUGCAACCCUGGCUGCAGCCCAAUUCCAGCGCCAUCGAGAGCAUGUGGCUCAAUGUGUACUUCAAGAAGCCCUCCAUGCUGGUCUACAAAACCAACCUGAUUUACACCUGGGUGGACUUGAUUGUUUCAUUUGGAGGCAUUUGCCAGCUUUGCUUGGGAUGUUCAAUUAUCAGCCUCAUCGAGUUCGUAUUCUUUGCCCUAUACAAGGUACCUCAACUUUAUUGGAAGCGUUUUUCGAACGAACAUCGUAUCAAUGAAUAA